GAUUCAGGAUUUGUUCCCAGUGUUCAUGAUUUCGACAAGAAACUUACUGAGGCUGAUGCUUACUUACAGAUCUUGAUAGACCAAUUGAAGCUCUUUGAUGAAAAACUCCAGAACUGCAAAGAUGAUGAACAGAGAAAAAAAAUUGAAGGUCUCAAAGAAACAACCAGUAGCAUGGUAGAAUCAAUAAAACACUGCAUUGUGUUGCUACAGAUCGCUAAAGACCAAAAUAAUGAGGAGAAGCACGCAGAUGGACUUAUAAGCACUAUAAACCCGGUUGACGCUGUCUAUCAGCCCAGUCCUUUGGAGCAGUCAGUGACCAGCACGAUGCCUUCCCAAGGAGUUAUACCUCCAGAACCUGCUCAGUUGUGCAAGUCAGAGCAGCGACCGUCGUCUUUGCCAGUGGGACCUGUGGUGGCGUCGCUUGGAAAUCAGACUCCGACACCAAAUAGCACAGGAAGUGGGCAAUCAGCACCUAGCAGCAGUCUCACCUCUCCAAGCCAUGUCAACCUGUCUCCAAAUACAGUCCCAGACUUUUCUUACUCCAGCAGUGAGGACGAGUUCUAUGAUGCUGAUGAGUUCUACCAGAGCAGUUCUUCCCCAAAGCGAUGUAUGGAUUCUGCAGAGUCUGCUGCAGUCCUGACUCGGAGCAGCACAGGAAGCAGCCUGAAACGUCCUGACACCACAGAGUCCCUCAACUCUUCCAUAUCUAACGGGACAAACGAUGCUGAUCUCUUUGAUCCUCCUGAUGAUCGAGAUGAUGAUGGGGAAGGAGAAUCAGUGGAAGAACAUAAAAGUGUUAUUAUGCAUCUGUUGUCACAAGUUAGAUUAGGAAUGGAUCUAACUAAGGUGGUUCUUCCAACUUUCAUCCUGGAACGAAGAUCCCUGUUGGAAAUGUAUGCUGACUUCUUUGCACAUCCAGACUUAUUUGUCAGCAUUAGUGACCAGAAGGAUCCAAAGGAACGAAUGGUUCAAGUGGUUAAAUGGUACCUCUCAGCUUUUCAUGCGGGAAGAAAAGGGUCGGUUGCUAAAAAGCCUUACAAUCCCAUUUUGGGUGAGAUCUUCCGAUGUCAUUGGGUAUUGCCAGGCACUGAAGGUGAAGAUGAGAUGGUUAUUUCAGAAGGACCAGUUCCUUGGGUCAGUAAAAGCAAUGUGACAUUUGUGGCGGAGCAGGUCUCUCAUCAUCCUCCAAUUUCAGCAUUUUAUGCAGAGUGUUUUAGCAAGAGGAUACAGUUCAAUGCUCACAUAUGGACCAAGUCAAAAUUCUUGGGAAUGUCUAUUGGGGUUCAUAACAUAGGGCAAGGGUGUGUCACAUGCCUAGAUUAUGAUGAACACUAUAUCUUGACCUUUCCUAAUGGUUAUGGAAGGUCUAUUCUCACUGUGCCCUGGAUAGAACUGGGUGGAGAAUGCAGUAUUAACUGCUCGAAGACAGGCUAUAACGCUUCCAUCGUCUUCCACACAAAACCAUUUUAUGGGGGAAAGAAGCACAGAAUUACAGCUGAAAUUUUUUCUCCUAAUGACAAGAAACCCUUCUGCUCAAUUGAGGGAGAAUGGAAUGGCGUCAUGUAUGCGAAAUACACAACAGGGGAGAAUACCAUUUUUAUAGAUACCAAGAAAAUGCCUACAAUUAAGAAGAAGGUAAGGAAAUUGGAGGACCAAGACGACUUUGAGUCUCGCUGCCUAUGGAAGGAUGUAACCUACAACUUGAAAAUUAGAGACAUCGACGCAGCCACAGCUGCAAAGCACGCGCUUGAAGAACGACAAAGAGCUGAGGCCAGAGCCAGAAAAGAGAAUGAGACCUCAUGGGAAACAAGGUUAUUCCAUGAAGAUGGAGAGUGCUGGGUUUACGACGAGCCGCUAUUGAAACGACUUGCUGCCAGUAAACAUUAAGUGGGCUAUAAAACCAGAAGACAUUCAAGCCUUGGCUUAAGCAAAGUUUACAUCUGAUACCAAGACGACAGUUACCAGUGAUCACGUACGUACCAUUUGGAGAACCUGACCCCUCCAACUGCAGUGGUUCCUAUCUCAGGGAUACUGGACUUACUGAUGCAGAUAAGCAAUGACAUGAAACAAGAAAC